GGGGUGUGAAAGAAAUGACCACAAAUAUCAAUUCUGCAGUGUUGUACGGUUUGUAGCCAUGAAAUGCUCGUGUGGCUAAUGUUCGGCGAAUAUAUUCCGAUUUGAUUUAUGGUCCAUCCGCGUUUAGCAAGGAAGCUCGCACGGCAUUGACGGUUCAGUGUUGGCAAUUGAUCAUCCUUUUCUUCUUCGAACUUGUCCGCUUUCUCUAGUAAAUUAGGUUGUUAAUAUAUGUAGCAAACAUUUCUUGCCUUUUGCUUAAUAAUGCAGGUAUGCAUUUAACUGGCUAUAUCGUUUUGUAGCAUGCUUGAAAAUGCAUCUUACUGAUAAUCGACCAUGUUUUGGUUUGAUUGUCAGCUAGCUAACAUGAUACGUGUUAUUUAGCUAGCCUAAGAAGCAGGGAUUUGAUUGCGUACCCUGUCCCGUCAGCUAGCUAGCUGUCUUUCUAGUGCCUUGGCAUUCCAUAGUACACAUUGGGAAUAAAUAGCACCAACAUGUAUGCAAGUCGCAAGAGGAAAAAGCCCCAGAGAAGUGUGCAGCCACCUCCAGAAGGCGCCAAAUCAAACCCUUCCAAGAGGCACCGGGAACGCCUGAAUGGGGAGUUGGACAGGCUGGCCAGUCUGCUUCCUUACCCCCAGGAUGUCAUCUCCAAGCUGGACAAACUGACCAUCCUCAGGCUUUGUGUCAGCUACCUGCGUGCCAAGAGCUUUUUCAAUG